AUGUUCAUAAUCAAUAUCCUCUCACUAAUUAUCCCCAUUCUCCUCGCUGUAGCCUUCCUCACCUUAGUUGAACGAAAAGUACUAGGCUACAUACAACUCCGCAAAGGACCAAAUGUCGUAGGACCAUACGGCCUACUCCAACCUAUCGCAGACGCCGUAAAACUCUUCACCAAAGAACCCCUCCGACCCCUCACAUCCUCCAUAUUCAUAUUCAUUAUAGCACCAAUUCUAGCCCUCACACUAGCCCUAACCAUGUGAAUUCCACUACCCAUACCAUACCCACUUAUCAACAUAAACCUGGGAGUGCUAUUUAUGUUAGCUAUGUCAAGCCUAGCCGUUUACUCCAUCCUAUGAUCAGGAUGAGCCUCAAAUUCAAAAUACGCCCUAAUCGGAGCCCUACGAGCCGUAGCCCAAACAAUCUCAUAUGAAGUCACCCUAGCCAUCAUCCUCUUAUCAGUAUUGCUGAUAAAUGGAUCCUUCACACUAGCUACACUAAUCAUUACCCAAGAACAUAUAUGAUUAAUUAUCCCCGCAUGGCCCCUAGCCAUAAUAUGAUUUAUCUCAACACUAGCAGAAACCAACCGGGCCCCAUUUGACCUAACAGAAGGAGAAUCAGAACUAGUCUCAGGGUUCAACGUAGAAUACGCAGCAGGCCCCUUCGCCCUAUUCUUUCUAGCAGAGUACGCUAACAUCAUUAUAAUAAAUAUCCUUACAACAAUCUUAUUCCUCGGAGCAUUCCACAACCCCUACAUACCAGAACUAUAUACCAUCAACUUCACAGUAAAAACCCUAUUUCUAACAACCACUUUCUUAUGAAUCCGAGCAUCCUAUCCACGAUUCCGAUAUGACCAACUAAUACACCUUCUAUGAAAAAACUUCCUACCUCUUACCCUAGCCCUAUGCAUAUGACACGUAUCAAUGCCCAUUACCAUAGCAAGCAUCCCGCCUCAAACAUA